GUUGCAUCGACUCUGCAAUUGAACAACUUUAAAAUUAAAUUGGAGGAGACUGAAAGCUACAGAGGAAGCAGCCCAGCGCGCAUACGAUUGUGAGCAGCAGAAGAGUUGAGAGUCAAGACAAAGUCCUCUGGAAGAAGCAGGAGGAGACUGAAAUAGGCUACAGAGGAAGCAGCCCAGCAGCGAUUGUGAGCAGCAGAAGAGUUGAGAGUCAAGACGAAGUCCUCUGAAAGAAGCAGAAAGAUGGAACGUGUAAAUGCCCGUAAUGUUGUGGGGACACACUUUGAAGGACAGCAUUUGAGCUUGGCUGACCUAAAAGAAGAGGAUAUAAAAAAUGGGUAUCUAUUUAAGAAUGACAUUCCUGAUUAUCCUGAAUCUGUAGAAUUCCAAGUACAGAAGUUGUCCCAUGUCACUGGGAAACAUGGGCUUGAGGGUAUUUUUCAGGAUUCAGGAUUUAGACAGCCAUCAGACACAUCCCAUUUUCUCUGGUGGGCAUUAUCCGUGUCACCUGAUGACAUACGCUCUGCCGAGCAACGUUUUCUGGCGUCAUUAUUUCCUCAUACCCAAAUUUACAACCCACAGCCCUUUCUUGAAUACUUCACCACCUCCAAGGCCUUCCAGAAAGAAUCUCAGUAUGGAAACUUCUGCUUCACAUUUUCAUUUCGAGAGCUCCUGUAUCUCUAUGGUGACCAGUUCUGUAAGGGCCCUCCAGUUCUGCAUGUUUAUGAGACGGUGUUGUACCGGCAAGAGAUUCUCUAUACCAUCGUUGUGCAUCCUGGUAGCAUAAAUCUUUAUGACGAUUAUCCAAGACUUCCUAAAAUUGGUGAUGGUGUUUGUGGGUACCGUGAUGGUAACAUAUGGUGGCAUUGUCAAGCCCCCUCAGAUACCUACAAGCAUGAGCUUAAUGUAAACCAGCGAAAUUCCAGUGUUCAUGUUACCCCCUAUGAUGAAAAAUAUUAUGUGUGGGAUCAUGUGUGUGUGGCCUUUCACAUGGAGCCGGGGUGGGUGUUGCAUGUGGAUCAGGACAGGCUAUGUAAAAGAGUAAAUGUGUGUGAAGUGUCUCAGCCCUGUCUCUUAAAAAAACCAGAAACCCCAUUGAGUUUACACGAGGCUGAGAAUGUUCUAAAAAAUCUUAAAGCUAGUAUGGGCUAGGCUGGGGCUUUUAAUAAGUCAGUCCAUAGUGGAUACAGAUAUUACAUUCAUGUGAAAAAAUGAGGAAUAAUGAUGUCACUUGUACUAGUUACACCAUUGAUAAAGAGUGUAAAUAGUUGUCAUAAUUAAAAACAAAUAUUUGAGGAGCUCCGAUUCAGAAGACGUUAAACGUCUCCUCCGUCAAAAAUAAGAUAAAGAUAUAAUCGAAUACUCUCAUAACAUAUUUUACGUUCAUCACUUCAAAUCCGCUUAAUCCCCACAAAAAGCAUUCAGAAAUAAAAAUGCUUAUUUUUAAGAAAAGGUAUCAGGUGCAUUUACAGGGUUUUGCAUCUGUGCUCUUCAGUUACAAACUAACACAUUCAAAAGUCAUAUUUUAUAGCAUUAAUAAGUUAUUCACUUAAAUCAGUUAUUGGUUGUUGUGUUCGUUAUAUUUUGUAACUAAUAAUUAAUUAGGGAAAGAAUGGGUCACAUAGUUAGGCAUGCACAAAGUUUUGAUUUCUGCAAAAGAUACCAACCAAGGGUACAUUUCAAACAAUCAAACUAAAUGCUUAACCACAACCGUAGGGAAAUAAAUGACGUGUAUGACUGUUUCCCAAAUACUAACUGUGUCAGAGAUGCAUUGUUUUAACCACAUCGAUUAAAAAUGUAAAGAUGAUGGAAAAAUUAUGUUUAGAUCGAAAAACAAAUUUGCAUUGACACUGGAAAGCCAUUUAUUGAGAGACAUUAUUGUUAUUGUCCUUAUUGUUUCUUUUAAUUCAUUCUGUUUAUUGACUUUUAUGUAUUAGCUUUUACUGUAUUGUAUAUUGUGUAUUCAUUAAAUUUUUUUCUUGGUUAUGGGGUGUUUUACACCAUCUUUAUUGAGGGAAUUCAAAAUAAAUUCCUUUGCACUAAAGUACAGAUGACCAUAAAGUAAUCUUAAAUUAUGAAUAUAUUUACACUGUAUGAUCAAUACGCAUCUGCCAGAUACUUGGAGGGCACAUCAGCUUUAGCUGUCUGCUUUUUAAAUAUUGGUAUAUGAAAAUGUGUUGCAUUUUGUCUGUGCUGCAUAAAUAAAGCAUUUGUAUACUGAGAAAAUUAAUUCAGUUUUUUUGUAGUUUGACAUUUGGUGUGACAUCAUCUGAUCUUGAUGGUCCACAUUUGUAUCAUUGCCUUGAUGAAUGUAAUAAUGGGGCCUGUGAAACCCUUAUCUAACUCUGUGUCGCCUUGCAUUCCUGAACUGGUUAGAAGUAGAACUGGUAGUGACAAGAAAGAUUUAGCAUCAAAAAUUGCUUUUGCACAGACCACUGGGAGUGAUGUACAACUAUUUGGGAGUUUGGUAUAAAUGUUUUGUGCUUUGAUUGAUUCUUUGUCCUCUCACUGUAGUACUCUCUCAGUAUAUCAAUUGACCUUGGAAAAAUGAAACUUAGAAAGACAUUUUGUAUUCAAAAAAUUUUAUUAUCACCUAGCAGCAAAUAAAAAAAUUCCACAACAAUAUUUCCUGUAUAUUAGCUGUGUAGGGGAAAUACAGUUAAAGCUCACAGUUUGAGGAAUGAAGAAGAGUCAAAAUUUUAAUUAGCUGAAGAAAAGUUUUACUGAGAAAAAGUUUGCUGUUUCAUUGUGAAGUCUGCUUCACACUCAUCAAAGAGUUUGUAGACUCAG